CAACCGAUUAGUCAAGAGUCGACUUACGUAUUCCUAGUAUCUAAAAUUUUUUAACAAAAAUUCAGAAAGAAAAGCGGAAAAUACCGAAAUAAAACUCUUUAAUUGAAUAUAGCUUGAAUGAACUGAGUGGAAAGAUUACUACGAAUGCAUUGUUAUCGAAUAGCUACUCUUGAUGAUACAGCAGUAGUGCCCUUGUGCCUUAAUCAGCCGACUUUAUUCUCUGUCUCUGUUGGACAAGUAAUUUUUUGUCUGGUAGAGAAGUAGUCAUAUAAAUAAUGUUGACACAUAAUAAAAGUUGUGGAGGACGCAAAAAAAUGCAGGUCUCCUAUGUUAUACGAGAUGCUGAGGAGAAACAACAUCGGAAUGGUGUCAAUGCCAUGCAAUUAGAUCCAAACAAUGGUAAAUUAUAUUCAGCUGGGCGUGAUGCUAUAAUACGGGUAUGGAACUCCCGUUCCGAAUCAAAUGAUAAAUAUAUACAGUCCAUGGAACAUCAUAAUGAUUGGGUUAAUGACAUUGUGCUCUGCUGCAAUGGUCGUAAUUUAAUUAGUGCUAGCUGUGAUACAACGGUGAAAGUGUGGAAUGCUCAUAAAGGAUUUUGCAUGUCUACCCUAAGAACCCACCGUGAUUAUGUCCAGGCUUUGGCCUAUGCAAAAGAUCGUGAACAAGUUGCCAGUGCUGGCUUGGAUAAGGCGAUCUUUUUGUGGGAUGUCAAUACAUUAACAGCUUUAACUGCCAGCAAUAAUACAGUCACAACAUCUAGUCUAAACGGCUGCAAGGACUCUAUAUAUAGCUUAGCUAUGAAUCCAGCUGGCACUGUCAUAGUAAGCGGCUCCACAGAGAACAUAUUAAGAGUAUGGGAUCCACGCACAUGUGUACGAAAUAUGAAACUGCGUGGUCACACAGAAAAUGUAAGGGCCCUGGUUGUUUCCGCCGAUGGCAAUCAAGUUGUGUCGGGUAGUUCAGAUGGCACCAUAAAAAUCUGGAAUUUGGGUCAACAACGCUGUGUUCAAACUAUCCACGUCCACAAAGAGGGUGUUUGGAGUUUAUUAAUGACAGAUAACUUCCAAUAUAUUAUAUCGGGCAGUCGAGAUCGUAAUAUUGUCAUAACUGAGUUAAGAAAUCCCAGCAAUUCAAUGGUGGUUUGUGAAGAAAAGGCCCCGGUUUUAAGUCUAUGCUUUAACACUGAUAAGACGGGGGUAUGGUCCACCACAUGGAACUCAGAUAUACGUUGCUGGAAACUGCCAUUGUACGAUAAGUGUACAUUAAAUUCAAGUGGUGGCAUGGAUGCUCAAUGGACAACAGGAACCGAAUUGGCAUGUAUUAAAGGUGGUGCUGCCAUUAAAAAAUGUGUUGUUUUAAAUGAUAAACGUCACAUUGUAACCCGGGAUACGGAAGACAAUGUAGCCAUAUAUGAUGCAUUACGUGUAGUUAAGAAAGAGGAGCUAGGAAAAGUUGAUUUCGAAGAGGAAAUCAAGAAGCGCAACAAACAAGUAUACAUUCCCAAUUGGUUUACUGUUGAUUUAAAAACGGGGAUGCCUACUAUUGUUUUGGGCCAAGACGAGGUGGAUUGUUUUGCCGCCUGGGUAUCAAUAGAAGCUGGUCUUCCUGAAUGUUCAGAUCCACAGUCAGAAAUUAAGAUAAAUUAUGGUAAAUUGCUAUUAGAAGCUUUGCUUGAAUAUUGGACACCACCCCAUAGCUUACCACCCAAUGAUAUGGAACAAGAUAUAAGAGGCAAUGGAUUUUUCCAAGUACCAAAACAUACACCGGUUAUAUUCAGCGAGGUUGGGGGACGAACUGUAUGCCGUUUACUUGUUCGCGAUGCCGCAGGAGAAAGUGAAAGCACAUUACUCCAUGAGACAGUACCACAAUGGGUCACGGAUGUUGUCAUAGAAAAAACCACUCCGAAAUUUUUAAAAAUUCCAUUCUUCCUAACUCCCCAUCCGUCAAUGGGCAAGCCGGAAAGAACGAAGAAGGAUCGUUUGGUGGCCAAUGAAUUUAUACAGUGUCGUAAAGUGUGUGAGCAUGUCCUGGAUAAAGUUUUGGGAGCCGAAACCACACCUAGCGGCGGCAAUGCAUCCAGUUCUUCACAAAACAGCGAUGCCAUUUCGGAAGGUUCUCAGGUUCCAGCUGAAGACCGCAUUGAGUUAUGGUGCAACGAUGUCGUGGUUGAUCCAAACAUGGACUUGCGUACUGUUCGACACUUUAUUUGGAAGCAACAACAAACCGAUCUCACAUUCCAGUACAAAACUAAGCCAAAUUUUUCAUAUGAUGGAAAACUUUGAAUAAACAAUGGUAGGAGCAACAGUUUAUGUGAUUCUCUAAAUUUCAGCUGAUAAUAAGGCACAAGACAAAUUAUAAGGGACACGUGUUUGUAUGUGCGUGUCAUUGUCAUUCACAUACUUACAUCCAACCCAAGCACGUGACUACAAGUGUAUGGAAUCUGUGGAGACAACAAACACAAGGUCAUGCCAAAAUUCUUAAUAUGAUCACAAAAAAAUUUGUUUUAUUUAGUUUGUUGUUUUCUUGUUACUCCAAAAGCAUUUUAGAAAGCUUAAGGAAGUGCAAUUUUUGUCAAAAAGCAAAGAUUUAAAUAUAAAAACAAAAAUUGGCAAUCCGUUCCCAAAGAAAUGUCUUAACCAUACCACACCACAUAACGUUUGCCAUUCCAAUUAUUUCUCCCACUUAGUGUGUAGCGAAAAAGAAAAAAACAAAUACUCAUUCCAUUUCUUCCUCAACAAGUCUUAAACUUUCUACUUUUCUAUGAAAAAAUCUUUGUACAGAUCGUGUUAUUCUGCGGCGAAUGGGAUUGUCUUUUGUUCUUUUUCUCACAUUGUAACAACUUUUCGACAUUUAUAUAUUUUAAAAAUAAUUAUUACAUAGAUUCAUACAUAUAUGCUUAAGAUCUUAACAUUAACGUAAAUUAUUUAAAAGCGACAGACUAAGUAAAACAUAUUUCACAAAUAUUAAAAAAAUAUGGAAAGAAUUAAAAGGAAGAAAGUGUUGUUAUCCAAUUUGUAGCUAUAAUAAAAAUAAAACACACAUAUUCAAAUAUGAUAAUGCUAAAAAUAAUGAUGAUGCCCAAUAAAAGCAGGCAAUUGACUUAUAAUAAAGAAAAUACAAUUUUUUAAAGAA